AUCGAGGCUUCUAGAAUAAAUUCUGCCACAAAAGAUGUUAUUUCGGAGUUCUUUUCGGCUUAUACACGCAUUAUCGAAAGGUAUAACAUUAAAACCAAUAACCAGUGGAAUUUUAAUGAGCAUAGCAUCGCCCUAGGGUGCGGAAUUAAUGGCCGCGUAAUUACACCAGUCUAG